CAACUGGCUGCCGCAGUAACAAUACAAGCUCUCAGGAAUACGGUCGGUCCAGCGGGUGGACGAUAGUUGCUUACAUUUUUACUAAGUAACUAAGCAACACCAAUAUUGUUACUAGCGUACAUAUACACAUACAUACAUACAAAACCACAAAAGAAAUAUACAAACACACACGCUCUAAAGUAUAGAAGGAAAAAGAUUAUAAACGUGAAAAGCGCAAAUUGCACGUUCGUUCAAAAAGAAAUAAUAAAAAAAUAGAAAUAGAAAUACUUACAUGCAUACAUAUAGUAUACAAUAUAAACGUAUUAAAGCUAGUGUGCGCUACUUAUUUAUGUGUGUGUGUGAAAUUCAUAAAGUAAAGAAAAACUGAGAAAAAUUAACAAAACAAAUGAAAAAACGAAGAAAUAUUUAAUAAUAAAAUUAAACAACAUGACCAAAUGCAUAACCAUUAACUGCUAAGUGUUAAACGUUUUCGAACAUAAGUAUCUGUGAAAUCGGUACGCUUUUUCGCUUCUGUAUGUAUUAUGUGAGGUAUAUUGGAACCAGAAAUUGGGGAAAAUUCGUGCAUGUCAAGCAAAAACAGUUGGUGUUAAGGUCGUGCGGAAAGUGUGACAGUCAGUGAAGGGUGCAUGACAAAUGCACACAUACGAGCAUAUUGUAACAACAAAAAUAAAAAAUGUACGCAAGUUUGACAGCUUAAGAAGUGCAGCGCUAGAACCAUAACAUUACCUGAUGCAUCUCUUCGCAAGAGAACUGGAGAGAGCGUGCCUAAAAAUUACAAUUACUGUUGCAGUUUCAAUAUUGUGAAGGAAUUCUCUAGUUAUAACAUUUUGGUAUUACAUUUCUAACUACAUUCAUUCAAAGUCUACAAAAACAGAAAAUUGAGAAAACACUAAAAACUGCAAAAUUAUAAUCUGUUGCGGGAUUGGUUUCCCCAUAUAAUUUUCACCAUAAAUUGCCCAUCAUUAAACAAUACUGCUUUUAACAUUGGCGUCAUAACUACAUCCUCGUGGGACCAUCGCUGUCAGUUGGCGCCAUGGAGGACGAUCAGCAGUUUUGUCUUCGGUGGAACAACCAUCAGAGCACGCUAAUUAGCGUAUUCGACACUCUGUUAGAAAAUCAAACACUUGUCGAUUGCACAUUAGCCGCUGAGGGAAAAUUCCUUAAAGCUCAUAAAGUGGUGCUGUCUGCAUGCAGUCCAUUUUUUGCCACUUUACUGCAACAGCAGUAUGAUAAACAUCCGAUAUUCAUUUUGAAGGAUGUCAAAUACCAAGAAUUGCGUGCCAUGAUGGACUAUAUGUAUCGUGGGGAAGUUAAUAUUUCGCAGGAUCAAUUAGCUGCAUUGCUUAAAGCUGCGGAAUCACUGCAAAUCAAAGGUCUGUCAGACAACCGCAGUGGUAGUACGCCGAAAACAGAACAACACCGUGGUUUAAAUGUACCUGGAAGUGGUAGUAGUAUCGGUGGUGGUGGUAAAUUGAGUGGUUAUACACUCGAGCAGACGCAGUCGAAACGUCCUCGUGUUGGACCAUCCCCCAUGGAGACUGCCGAUAUAUCAGGUUCCCGCGAGGGCUCAUCUAGUCCAUCUAGACGUCGAAGGAAAGUUAGACGCAGGAGUGUGGAAAAUGCUAUGUCCGCAGACAUACAUGACAAUUCCAACUCUUCUCAAAUCAAUCAAUCGUCACUUCAACCACAACAACAACAGCAACCACAAACUAAUGCAAGUCUAACUGGGGUUGGGGCCUUAGCGGCAGCCACCUCUUCACUUCCAGUUUCGGCAUCCGCACUAUCGACCGGUUCAAGUGGUGUUUUAGCAGCAACUGGUUCCAUAGUUAGCACACAAGGCACUACUCAGCAAAUGACCACAAACAUUACCAAAAAGACUGAAAGCGUUAAGGGAGCAAGCGAUGCCAUGAAUUCAGAAAAUAUACCAACAGUGGGUGUAGUUGGUACCGGAGACGAACAAAAUGUUGAACAUCUUAAGAGUGAAAAGUCCAAUCACAAACAAAAGUCAUCGGCACCUGGUGUUGCUGGUAAAGAAACUGCCGAAAUGGUAAUCGAACCGAAAAGUGAAUAUGAAGAAGAAGGCAAUGAGGAAACCGUUGAAGAUUUAACAUUAGACGAUGAGGAAAUGGGUAUGGAUGAUUUAGAUCAAAAUGCCGGUACAAGUCAAGCUGGUGAAGGAUCGAGUCAAGGAUAUGCACCGUGGCAACAUGACAGAUCUCAGGACGAGUUAUUAUUGGCGCCACAAGAAGCACAGCAACGGGAUCCACAAGAUUUUAGCCGCAAACCAGCGCAGCCGCACAAGGAGAACACCUCACCGCAAGGCGUCUUGAUACAGAAAUCAUGUCAGCGUUCCAUACUCAACACACACGGCGCCAAGCGACUCAACGUGCGCAACGCCAGCACAAGCGCCAGCGCCGCCAUGCCGCCAGAAACUGCGACCGGGCUUGUCCCCGGAUUGUCGCCGCAAAUGCAAGCCGAGCGAGUUACUAUGCCAGCGAAUUUGAGUCGGAAAAAUAUGUCCAUGACGGAUGUGUCAGAUAUGCUCAUCAAUCUGUACAAAGCAAACGUAGCUAAUGCACCAAAGAACCAACAGACUGCAGCACCCAAAUUUAGACAAACUUCGCCGACGUCGGCUGAGGGUCACGAGCCAUCGAGCAUAGCGGCUAUUGCCACCAAAGGCGCCGCCGCUGCAGUGAACGAGCCAAAAAACUUGCAAAAUGAUGAAAUGUUGUUCGCUGCGAAAGAGGAACAACAACAACAACAACAACAGCAAAAGAUGGCGGUACCGUCAGAGAAUAACGGUACCGUUGAGCAUGCAGCAUUUCAUCAAGCUACUGACAAUGCAAAUAUAAUGCAAGCUACAAACACAAACGCCGACAAUAAUUUGUACGGAUUUGCUGCCGGCACAAUGCCACCGUUAAAUGCCAUACCAACAUCGGUAGUGGUGACACCGAAUGGUGAGCCGCUCGAUAUAAAACCCGUUAUAAAUCCGACAACCGGACAGGUGAUGCCCAUGCUACCUAAUGCGGGUCUCGGUGUCGGCUCCUCGGUGAUUAAGCCAGUGCCCACAUUGACCGAUGCCCAAAUCCCUUCUUUAGCGCCCUUGAGUAGUGCUUUGGAGCGCGCCAAUGCACUCAACAGUCAAAAUAAUGGCUCACCAGCUGGUGUUAUGCCCGCCGGUUGUGAUGUCUUGCCACCGGCGGCCGUGCUGGCCGCAGCACUCCUACGUGAUGGCUACAAUAAUUUCCAACAGCAAUUGCGCACGCAAGAGCUGCUGAAGAUGAACGGACCAGUCAAUGCGAAUAAUGGUAAUGUUGGUGAUGCGAACGCCGCAAAUACGUUUUCAUCGAAAAUAUUGGAAAAUUUUUUACGUCAACGACGUCUCAAAUCGGAAAGCGCAGCCGAGAAUACGGCAAAUGAAAUGGACGCCGGCGAUGGCGAUGACGAGGAUGAUUCACGCUAUAACGGUUUCGAGGACAUACACUUGGUCGAGGGUACCAAACCCACUUAUAACAGCUCUUCCAUGCCCGGUGUCUACCAACCGAGUGGCGCUUCUUCGUCCUCACCACAUUUAACAGCCUCAAAUACCGAUUAUAUGUCGGACGACUCGCAAAAGUUCAUGUUCGGUGCACAUUCGCAGGCAUUCCGCCAUCUAGAGUACACGCUCGGCGUUGAAAACGGUGCCAACUCGUUUGGCGCGACGAGUAGCCAAGAGGGCGGCAAUAACGAAAACAGCAAUGAGGGUCCCGAACCCAUUUACGAGUGUCGUCAUUGUGGCAAAAAGUACCGUUGGAAGUCGACAUUGCGCCGCCACGAGAAUGUCGAGUGCGGUGGCAAAGAACCGUCGCAUCAAUGCCCCUACUGCCCGUACAAGUCGAAGCAGCGUGGCAAUCUCGGUGUGCACGUGCGCAAACACCACUCGGAUCUGCCGCAAUUGGCGAGUAAACGGCGCUCGAAAUACUCAAAUAAAUUGGACGGUGGCAAUAUUAGCGCAAAUGCAUCAGAUGACUCAUCGAGCAAAUUGAUCAUUGAUUGCUCGAAAUAAUGUUAUAACGGUUAACGAUAACCGAAAACGAAGAGACUGCGCGCAUUUAAUGUGAAACUUCAAAAUAUUAAAAAAAAACAAUUAAGCGUUAACGGCACUUAAAAUACCGUGAGUGUGCUGCAGUUUGAAAACUGCGGCCGCAUAAUUAGAUACACACAUACUCACACAUGUAUGCGCAGUUGCAUACUUGUUGCAUUUUCUUCAAAAAUUUAUAUGUUAUUCGUCGUUAUAUAUACUUACAUACAUAUAGACUUACAUGCAGAUAUGCCUACAUAUUUGUGUUAUGUAAUUUAACGAAAAUUUAAGACUGUUUACAAUAAGUUUAACAAUUAACUGAACCGAGAUUAUAUACUCACUUACGUGCAUACUUACAUAUUUUUGUUAUACUAAGUUUAUUACAUACAUACAUUCAAGCAUAAUAUUGUAUGUUUUUCUUGAAUUUAUACUCAUUACUUAACAUUUUAUGCUCUAAGUCAGUCAGUUGCAAUAAAAACACUUUUUGCUUUAUUUGACUGCUACUACAUGCAUGCAUACGCACACACACAUACUUACAUGCGUGCAUCUUAAGUAAGUGUCGUCAACUAGUUAUGUGCCUUUAGUAUAAGUAUUUACGUCCAUAUCACUAAAGUAAGUGUUGAAGUCUUUACCUUUCGCGACAGUUUUUAAGAUUUUAUUACGCUUACCAAUAUGCAAGGCAUUUUCGAAUCUUUUUUUAUAACUGUAACUUCAUUUAAAAGCAAUUCGAACGCAAUAGUUGACUUGGAAAGUGAAAUUGAGACAUAUUUCUCGAGCUUCUCGAGCCCUUAACAAGAAAGAUUUAGCUACUAAAGUCGAAGAUUAUGAGGAGAAGAAAAAGAAAACAAGACGAACAGCUAAAAUUAGUUUAUUUGCAAGGUGCUUAGAGUAUAAACAACAUGAUUUUAAUUUUAGUAAUCGAUAAAUACCUUAAAAUGCUCGCUCUGGAAUUUCGAAAAUUCGUAUUUGACUGUUAUGUCUACAUAUUUUAAACGCGAAUUAGUAGCAUUCUGAACGCGUACAUACAUACAUGAAGUCUAUGUUGUUGUACAUUUGUAAUGUAAAGUGAAUCGGAAUCUGCUUAAUAAUAGAAAUGUUUGCUGAAUUACCUUUUCUGAACAAAUGUUGCAUGAAAAUCGGUAAAUUUUUGCGGUAAAAAAGAUAAUAAUAAAAAAUAAUAAUACAAAUUUAUAAAAAAAAAUACAAAAAAAAAUUUUUAUUAUUAUAAUGCUACUUAAUAUUUUAAUAAACGAUGAAUUUUUGCAGUAAAAAAAAUAAUAAUCAUAAAAUUAAUUGAACACUUAAUAAUCGAUUUCUCUUGUAAAAAAAAAUAAAUAUAAUAAAUAAUAAUAAUAAUAGCAAUAAUAAUAAUAAAUUAUCAGCAAUUGAUUAACUAUUUUUACUUAAAUUAAAAAAAAUUAUAAUUUAUAAUAAUUAAUCGGUUCUUACAUUUUUUAUAUAUGUACAUAUGUACAUAUAAUAACCACCAUAAAAAAUUCAUAACAACAACAACAAUAUCAGAAAAAAGAAUUAAUGAUAAAAAUAAAAAAAUAUAAUAACAUUUGUGUCACCUAAAAACUAAAAAAAAAAACGCAUGAAUGUAAAAAUAACUGUAAUAAUGAAAAUGAUAAAAAAUAUUAAUAAUAAUGAAAACAACAAUAACAAUUUAUCACUGUUUGUUUAUUAUUUUUUUUACUUAAAAAUUAAAAAAAUAAACAACAAUAAAAAUGUCAUAAAAAACAAAAAUCAAAAUUAAGAUAAAAAUAAUAAAAAAUGAAAAUAAAAAUUGUUAUACUUAAAAAGGAAAAAAAAAAAUACAAUGCAACUGACAAAAAAUAUAAAUAUUACUAAAAGCACAAUAAAAAUUUAUCAAUUACGGUUUCUUAGUUUUUUAAUAUUUUUUUAAUUUUUUCUAACUUAAAAAUGCGAAAAUAAAACAACAAUAAAAAAUAAAUAAAUAAAAAACAAAAAUCAUUAACACAGAAAUCGUUCACAUUUUCGCUUAAAAAAUUUAAUAAAUAUAUACAAAAAUUAAUUAACGAUGAUAAAAAAAUAUACAAUAACAAAAAAGAAUUAAAAAACUAAUAAUAAAAUAGCAUUUAUUUCAUUUAAAAAUUGAAACAAUAAUAAUUAUAAACUUAACUUUAAUAAUAAAACUGACAAAAAAUAGUAAUUAUAAUAAAAACUAUAACACAAAUUUAUCACCUAUGGUUUAUUAAAUUUUUCACGUGAAUAUUGAAACACUAAAAAUGAAAAAAUUAAAAACAAAAGUCAAUAAUAAAAAAUCGUUCAUUUUUUCGUUACAAAAAAUAUACAUAAUAUGUAUAUGUAUAUGUAUACAUACAUAAUUUAACGAUAAAAAAAUAUACAAUAACAAAAAAUAAUAUUAAAAUAUAAUAAUAAUAAUGAAUGUAAUAAUAUUAAUAACAAUUAUUUAACUUAAAAAUUAAAAAAAUAUUGACAAAAAUAAUAUUAAAAAAUAAUAAUAAUAAGAAUAAUAAUAAUGAAAAUAAUAAUAUUAAGAAAAAUUGUUUCAUUUAACAUUUAAAAAAUAUUAUAAAAAUUACAAAAAUAACGAAAAUGAUUAAAAGUAAACUAAUAAAACAACAACAACAAAAAUGGUUGCCAUUAUAACUGAUUAAAAUUUCCACUGAAAAUUAAAAAAAAAAAUAAUUAUGAAACAUAAUAACAACAAGCAAAACAAAAUAAAUGAAUAAGUAAUAAUUAAAACAGCAACAAUUGUUUCCCCGAUAAUCGAUCUUCAACACAAAAAAAAUUAAUAUAAAAACUAAUGGCAAUAAUAAAACAAGAAAUAAAAAAUAAUAAUAAAAGCGAAAAUAUCAAAAAUUGUUUUCCUUGAUAAUUGCUAGUUUUUUGACGUAAUGAUAAAAAAUAACAAUAAAAUAAAAAUCAUUAUCUCUUAUAUCGAUCUUUAAGACGAAAAAAUCAAUAUAAAAAAUAAUGAAAAUAAUAAAAAAAUUAAUAAAAAAAAAAAAUAUAAUAAUAAAAGCAACAAUAACAAAAACUGGUUUACUUGAUAAUUGAUAGCUUUUUCACGCAAUGAUAAAAAAUAACGAUUAGUCCCUCGGAAAUGACGAGGACAUUUCAUAGACUUCAUUACAGUCAUUUAAAAAAUUUUAAAUGAUUUUUAACAUAUUCAGACUUAAAUAUAUUUUAAAUCUUUAUAAAUUUCUAAUUACCACCUAAAUAAGCUAAAAUACAUGCAUGUACAAAAGUAAUGCAUUCGAAACCAAAGCCCAGCACUUACAUACAUUAAUUGGGAGAUUUUUUUUUCAUACAAAAUUAUAUAAUUAAAAUGAAAACUUGAAAAAAAAACAUUUUUAGGUUAAGUACACUGUUGCAAGUGCAAGUAUUAUACUCAUUUAAACAUAUAUUGAAAUAGUGCUUCACCAUAAAUAAAUACCUUGUCGAUUACGCUCUCAACGACUAUAAAUUUAUAAGCAUAAAUUCAAAAUUGUAUCUACAAACAUAUGUAUAUGUAGAUAUUGCAAACAAGAAAAGCACUAUAUAUUGUAUAACCACUAUCAUUUAAACUUAAGUGAUCUCUAUGUAAAAAUGUUGACUGAAUUUUAUUAUUUAUUAACAAGCAAGACUGAAUAGCCUCUUUAUGGCGCAAAAAAAAGUUUCCAUUUAUACAUACUAUACAUACAUACAUAUGCACAAAUGGACAUACAUACAUGAUGAAUGUCUCCACAAAAAUUAAAAGAAAAAAAAUUAUAUGAUUUUAUAUAACUAGACACUUAGGUGUAUGCAUCUAUGACUCUGAGUACGUGUGUACUAAAAUUUAUGUAAAACACACUUAUGAUUAAAAAAAUACAACCAAAUACAUAUGUUAAUGUCGCUAAGUUUGUUUACCGCAAAUAAAUAUAACUUUAUUGAAAUGUCUUUAAUAAAGUAUAAAAAUCAA